AUGACUCUCUUAGAAAAUGAUACAGAUAAAGGCAUGUUCUCAACUUUGACUUUCAAGAAUGUUGACAAAGGUGACACAUCAUUAUUUGUUUGUGUUGCAAACAAUAAAUAUGGCACUGACCGUUCAGAGGUGUGGUUAUAUGUACAAGAGCCUCCAGAAGCGCCAUUACAUGUGCAUAUCAGCAAUUACUCAAGUCGUUCAGUGGAUCUUAUGUGGGAACAACCAUACAAUGGCAAUAGUCCAAUCAAGUCCUACAUUAUUCAGUACAAAAAUUCAUCAGUUGCUUGGUACAAGAAUGUUGCUCAGGUUGUGGUAGAUGGGGACACUUUGAGUGGCUCUAUCAAUGACCUAAUGCCUGCCCAUACCUACAAUAUCAGAGUGCUUGCUGAAAAUUCAGUUGGUAUGUCUAAUUCAAGUGAUAUACUUACUGUCAGUACUCUGGAGGAGGUUCCAGAGGCACCACCCAGAGACGUUAAGGUGAAAAUGAAAGAUUCAAUGUCUCUUGUUGUCACAUGGAAGCCUCCUGAUUUGUAUCUUCAACAUGGUGAAAUAAUAGGUUAUUAUGUUGGAUACAAAAAAUCAAAUUCAACGGAAGCAUAUCACUAUAAAACUUACGAUAUGCCUCCUGACACGCCUUUGCAAUAUGUUUUGACAAAUCUUCAGAAGUAUACCCAGUACACGGUGUUAGUUCAGGCUUAUAACAAAAUUGGCGCUGGUCCACGAAGUCAAGAGGUUAUUGCAGCAACAGAUGAAGAUGGCAGAAUGCGUGGAGGUAAUUGUUUUGCAGGGCAAAUUGUUGGAAUGGGCCCUGAAGAAUGUGGCCAUAUUAUACAGUAG